AUGGCAAUCGAGUCCCACAAAAUCGGCAUCAUCGGCGGCGGCAUUAGCGGCAUCGCUGCCGCUAAGCAGAUGGCCAAAUACGAGCCGGUGGUUUUUGAAGCCACCGGCUCCAUUGGAGGGGUUUGGAGGCAUAGUUCGUACAGGUCGACGAAACUCCAAACCCCUCGUUGCGACUAUGAGUUCUCGGAUUUCCCGUGGACUCAGAGGAACAACACGAGCUUCCCCUCCGCCCGAGAGGUCUUGGAUUACUUGCACUCGUACGCCACCCACUUCGACGUCCUCAAGUUCGUUAAGUUCCACUCCAAGGUCGUUGAGCUCCGCUUCGUCGGCCGAGGAAACGACGACAAAUCCGCCCAAUACGGGACCCUCCUCCCCGGACACCCUGUCUGGGAAGUCGGGGUCCGGGCCGAGGAUUCAGAGAAUAUUAAGUGGUAUUCGUUCGAGUUUCUCGUGAUCUGCACCGGAAAGUACGGUGACGUGCCGGCGAUCCCUAAAUUUCCGGGAAACAAAGGCCCGGAAAUUUUCAAGGGGAAAGUUAUGCAUACUAUCGACUACUGCAAACUCAACGAGGCCGAGUCGACUGAGCUUAUGAAGGGGAAGAAGGUUGUCGUCUUCGGCUACAAAAAAUCAGCCAUUGAUUUGGCAGUCGAAUGUGCAGAAGCGAAUCAAGGACCGGACGGGCAGCCCUGCACCAUGGUGGUGAGAUCUCUUCAUUGGACAGUUCCACAUUACUCGGUUUGGGGUUUGCCUUUUUACAUGUUCUAUUCAACAAGGGCGUCUCAGUUCUUACACGAACGCCCUAAUCAAGGAUUUCUCAGAUCCCUCCUCUGCCACAUGCUUUCUCCAGUGAGGAGGGCGGUGUCGAAGACCGUUGAAUCCUACUUGACAUGGAAGCUUCCGUUGGAGAAGUACGGGUUGAAACCCGAGCACCCUUUCGAGGAGGACUACGCCUCUUGCCAGAUGGCCAUCCUACCCGAGAACUUCUUCUCGGAGGCCGACAAGGGCAGCAUUGUCAUCAAGAGGUCGGCCGCGAAGUGGUGGUUUUGGGAGGGGGGUGUCGAGUUUGAGGACGGGACGAGGCUGGAUGCCGACGUGGUCGUUCUCGCUACUGGUUUCGACGGGAAGAGGAAGCUGAAGGCGAUUGUCCCGGACCCUUUUCGCUGCCUCCUUGAGUUCCCUUCUGGAAUGAUGCCAUUGUACAGAGGAACAAUCAACCCUCUGAUUCCGAACAUGGCGCUCGUGGGCUACAUCGAGAGCGUGUCGAAUCUGCACACGGCUGAGAUACGGUGCAAGUGGCUGUCGCAGCUGGUGGACGAGCAGUUCAAGCUCCCGGGCGUGGAGAGGAUGCUGAAGCAGACGACGGAGGAGAUGGAGAUCAUGAAGAGGACGACACGGUUCUACAAACGGAGCUGCAUCUCGACCUUCAGCAUCAACCACAGCGACGAGAUCUGUGAAGAGAUGGGGUGGAGCUCAUACAGGAAGAAGAAUUGGAUUGCAGAGAUCUUCAGCCCUUACAGCAGCCAAGACUAUGAAAAGGAGAAAUAAAAAUCAAAUCUUGAUAUAUAAAUAUGCCACAUCCAUUUUUCUUUCUAAGUACUAACUAUUGUAUGUUGUUCAAUUUCUUUUUACAUAUGGAAAAUAAGAUGUAGUGAA